AUGAGGGUUAAGCUGGUGGUAAAGACACUGUCCAAUCCCCGACUUUCCCAAAGUUACCACCCACGAUUUCAUUUUCUUGGUGAGGGCCUUACUAAGAAAGGCCAGAAAGAUGAUUCUGUCUAUAUCACCAUUGAUGGCCUCCAUGAUAAGGAUGUCAGGGCCGCAAAAAGGAGGCGUGAUAGCAACAUCAAGUUGAAAAUGUGGCGUAAUGAGAGUGACAGUGACCAUCUGGAUUGCAAAACACUCAUAGCCGAACACAAAUAUGAUCCGAAGGAUCGAAAUCGGGGCACCAUUACCUAUCACGGCGACGAGGGUCCUUCGGAGAGCAGCAAAAAACAUAGGCUCCUGAUGAACCAUAUCCCCGGUAAGUCUUAUAUGGACUGUACCUGGAAGAUGGAAGUCGAAGGACGUUGGGAACCGGGGUUCUUCCACCGGGAUCCCGACCCACCGGCGAGGAAGGCGAUACCAAUAGUGUUUUGGUGCGAAGAGAAUCCUCGCGGGCACACUUUCUCCCUGGUGGAGCCAGAUGGAAGUGACAGCUUGCCACAGUUGGUAUGGGAGAAUUGGGGUUACAAAAACACACACACCGUCCGCAGUGCUCUAGUCGUGGAACGUGAUAUGGCACUGGAGGUAUUGCGUGUGAGACUUUUGGCUUGGAUCGCGACGAUUUGGAUGACAGACCAACUGAACUGGGUUCACCCUGAUGACUUCAAGGGCUACGAGCCUGUCAAACUCGUGAAUAUAUUGGUCCAAAAGCCUGAUUAUGACAACGUCAUAUAA